AUGAUCAAAAUACCUAGACGAAUUCUUUGCACGGAGCCUAUAGAGAUUCAAUUACAUGGUUUUUCGGAUGCUUCUAAGACUGCAUAUGGAGCAUGUAUUUAUCUUAGGUCCAAGGGUCCAGAUGGCAACAUUUACACAAAUUUGCUUUGUUCCAAAUCUAGGGUUGCGCCGUUGCAGACUCAGUCUAUUCCUCGACUGGAACUUUGUGGAGCUCUGGAAUUGUCUAGACUAUGCUCCAAGGUCACACUCUCGCUUGAUUUAUCGAUUAACAAAAUUUAUCUUUGGUGCGAUGCAACAAUAGUAUUAGGUUGGCUCAAAAAAGAACCGAGCACUCUCCCAAUAUUCGAAUCGAACAGAGUUAGCAAAAUUCAAGAAUUGACAAGAACUGAGUCUUGGAGGUAUGUGCGCAGUGAAGAUAAUCCAGCAGAUUGUAUUUCUAGAGGUGUAGCUCCAAAUAUAUUGCAAGCCUCAAAAUUGUGGUGGGAAGGUCCAAAUUGUCUUAGAAAGGCCGAAAGGGAGUGGCCGUCAAUUUCCUUUUCAAUCAAAGAACCACCUGAAGUUAAGCAAUGCUACAAUGCAGUCACCAAAAACGAAAUUAAAGAGAAUUAUAUUAUGAUCAAGAGCUUCUCAAGUUUUAGUCGUCUAAUAAGAGUAGUAGCCUAUUGUAUAAGAUUUAUUAAUAAUUGCAGGUCAAAAAAUAAGCGAUUGAAUGGAACUUUACUUUCGCUAGAACUUACAGAAUCACAAUCAGCUCUCGCGAGACAAUCACAAAAAAAGUGUUUCCCUGCGGAGCUUGAAUGUUUAACUCAAAACGAAAAAAUUACUAAGGGAAGGUUAUCUCUGUUAAAUCCCUUCCUAGAUGAGCGCGGACUGAUUAGAGUUGGCGGUAGGCUUAGUAACUCCCAAUUCGACAGAGAAAAGAAACAUCCUAUAGUUUUGUUAGCAACCGACGAUUUCGCAAGACUUCUUUUCAGUAGUGAGCAUCAACGAUUGCUCCAUACCGGUCCUCAAUUGUUGCUCUCAUCUAUACGUGAACGAUUUUGGCCCAUAGGAAGUCGGAACAUGGCGCGAAAGGUGGUAAUGGAAUGUGUAAAUUGUUUUAAAGUGAAUCCAAGGUCGGUCAAUCCAAUGAUAGGUGACUUGCCUGAAACUAGAGUUACUCCUUCACCACCUUUCCACGUCACAGGUGUCGAUUAUGCAGGUCCCUUCAUUAUAAAGGACAGAAAAGGAAAAUUUUCCAAAACCAGUAAAUGCUACGUAAGCCUAUUUGUUUGUUUUUCCACCAAGGCUUUACACCUAGAGCUUGUCUCUGAUGCUACGUCAGAAGCUUUUAUAGCAAGUUUGCGUCGUUUUACAUCUAGGAGAGGAAAACCCGCUCAUAUGUAUUUCGAUAAUGGAACAAAUUUCGUGGGGGCAAGAAAUGAGCUUGAGCUACUCGGUAAGUUCCUACUUCGGGAUAGUAACAACUUGGUAGAAAAAAUCGAGAAUAUGGCAAUCGCGUGGCACUUCAUUCCAGCUUAUUCACCGCAUUUUGGAGGUAUUUGGGAGGCUGGAGUGAAACCUAUAACACCACUCUCUCCAGAUCCUAACGACUUUUCUCCUUUGACUCCUGCUCAUUUUUUAAUCGGAAGACCGCUUACUUCAAUUGCUGGUCCAGAUUUAAGCCAUUUGCCAGAAAAUAGAUUAUCCAGGUGGCAAUUAAUACAACGACUACAGCAGCAUUUUUGGGAGAGAUGGAGCAAGGAAUAUAUUUCAGAACUUCAAAAAAGAGUCAAAUGGAAGCAGCCUUAUCCAGAGAUUGAGGAGAAUUCUCUGGUUUUAAUGAAGGACAAAAUACUUCCUCCGUUACGAUGGAAGUUAGGAAGAAUCAUUCAUCUGCAUCCUGGAAAGGACGGAAUAGCUCGUGUUGCUACCGUUCGAUUUUCUACUGAUACUACCCGAGUCGCACUUCAUAAACUGUUCCCAUUACCUAUUGAUUAA